GUUUUGCCCUUGCAAAACGGUGUGGAGGGACUCUCGACCAUCAAAGAGAUCGUUUCCAGCUGGGGAAAGGGCCAUGCCCUUGCCGGCUGCUGCAACAUCGUCUCGGCCAUCGCUGAGCCGGGGCACAUCAAGCACUGGGCGGCGAACCCUCCCUACAUCACUUUCGGAGAGUUCUCCGGCACCCCCACUGAGCGAACACAGCAGGUGAAAGCCAUCCUCGAUGCUGCUCCGGGCAUGGAGGGGCACCUCGAGGAUGACGCGCUGGCAAAGAUCUGGGAGAAGUUCACCUUCAUUUGCUCGACCACGGCCGUCCAAGCCACGACAGGGCCCCAUGCGACGCAGGACGUGAUCCCUCAGAUUCCAGAGCUGUACUUAACUUGGCGAACUGCCAUGACUGAAAUCAUCAAUCUUUGCCACAGUUACGGGAUCAAGUACGAGAUGGAACAGCUCGAAAAGCGGGUGGAGGCUCCCUCCACGCCACUGGAGUGCAGGCAUUGA